AUGGUGGUGUUAAGCACGAUGCUCAACCGCCGGCUUACUAUGGUCCUAGCCGUCUGCAUUGUCCUCCCCUUCAUACUAGUCACAUUAAGCCACUUUGGCAGCUCAGAUCCCAUUCCUCCCUCCCUUCCGGACGUCACAAACAACCGGCCAUCUACAGACCAGACGCCUCCACAGCAGCAGCAGCCCCCUCCUCCUGCAAACAACAAUCACAAGCAAGAAUGGUCUGACAUCCAGUUCAAACAAGAUCAGGACAAAUCCGAUGGAAAGCCAGCCGAAAAACCUACACCAUCUGCGCCGCCCCGUCCUGAUCCUGAAUUGUCGAUAGAAGACCCCGUGGGGAUGGUUCGCAAUGAAACAUUGGGAUUCGGUGCUAUCUUGUUGAUAUCGCUGAAAACAAGGACGGAUAGGCAAGAUGCUGUCACGCUCAUCGCUAGCGAAGCUGGCCUCAAGGUUACCCAUGUAAUCAAUGCCGUCAGAGGGGAGGACAUCCAUCAGAAGGCAUACCCAUACGGGCUGGCCCGGACAGAGCUACCGUUGCCGUACUUAGGCAGCUGGAGAUCGCACAUGGAUGCCUUUAAAUAUAUCGUCGAAAAUAAAAUUGAAACUGCGCUGCUCCUUGAGGAUGAUAUCGAUUGGGAUAUAUACGUCAAAGAACAAAUGACAGCCUUUUCUAAAGCCCUCCGAAACAGUCCGCUCCGGAAACCGUUCACCACCGAUGAGCUCAAGCGAGCACCCUACGGUCUUGAUUGGGAUGUUAUGCACCUCGGGACAUCCAAGAACCUAAUGGCCCCACCGCCUUAUAAUAACCUCUUCCACCGUUACAACGACCGAUAUAAUACCCCGCGAUCCCUAACAUAUCGCACCACACCCUGUGGCGAUCGUGAUUUCUUCUGCUGGAAUGAUAUAAUUAAACAGACACAGGCAGCAGAUGAUCAGCGUAUAAUCUUCCCGUCCUACCAACCUAUCGGGCUGGUGGCACUGGCUGUAAGCUACCGUGGUGCACAAAAGAUGCUAUACGAUCUCUCGUGGAAAGGAUUGGACGCCUCCAUGGACUUUGGUGUACGCGAUGGCUGUAGACGCGGGUUCUUGAAAGGGUGGAGUGUCACACCACCUAUUAUGUCGUCCUGGAGAGUUAAGGGUGCUGGUGAUUCGGAUUUAAGGAAUGGCGGGAAAGGAAGUCCCGGCGUAGGUGUCGGGAAUAUGCAGGGUGAAGGAAUAGGGCUCGGAUGGAGCGCUAGGAAGGCCAUGCAACAACGGUUUGAGGGUCAUGAUUAUUGGAAGGAUGGAACAUUCGGGUGGUUUGGGAACCAGGAAAAGCCGGUGCCGGAUAAUACUUACGUUCGGCUUGAGCCCGCGGAGAAACAGCUAUCGGAACAUGAGAAGGGAAGGCUGAACAGGGAUAGCAAUGCCCAAUCGGCCCAUCAAGAACCGGCACCUCUGCAACCUCCACAAGAGCAACCUCCCCAGCAGCAGCAGCAGCAGCCUCCUCAACAGCAACAACCGCCGCAGCAGCAGCAACCCCCACAGCAGCCCCCUCAGGACCAACCUUCCCAACAACCUACCCAGCAACCCCAGCAACCCCAGCAAGAGCCUCCAAAACAGGAAUCUCCCCAACAACAGCCUCCACAACAGCAGCCUCCACAACAGCAGGAACCGCCAAAGCAGGAACCGCCAAAGCAAGAACCGCCAAAGCAGGAACCACCAAAACAGGAACCACCUAAGCAGGAACCACCUAAGCAGGAACCACCUAAGCAGGAACCACCUAAGCAGGAACCGCCUAAGCAGGAACCGCCUAAGCCUGAGGAGAAGCCACAGCUCUUAGCUGAGAUGCCGGACGACCAGAAACAGCGACUAGCGACGGGUGAAGGCCAUUUCCAACCUUCGGAAGAUGACCAGGGGUCACAGGACCCCCUCAAUAAGGUUGUUCCCAGCACCGGACCACCGAGAGAAGAAAAGGUCGCAGAGCAACCAAAAGAACAGCCUCCCAAAGGAGACGAGGGCAAACCUACGAAGAGUGAUAGACCAGUCAGCGAAGAUGAUGCCUUUGCAAAGAGACGCAAGCGAAGACGGCGGUCGUGA